GUUGUGCAAUAUCAAAUUGGUUUUUUCUAAGUAGGUAAAGUUUGUCUUCUUGUUGAAGAGAAUCCAGAAGGACAAGGCGAUUAUCUCGGCCAAGCUCUAUCCCCGAGACAAAAGAUGUCAAUGCUAUGUGUCUUUACACUGUGUGGAAUCCUCGUUGGCCAUGCAACAGGGCAAGGAAGGGGCACUAGUCGUACCGGAAGCAGUGACUAUGUACCAGGCGAACUCAAUCGUAAUGAUGGCAGGAGUUCUGGAUCUUCUGACAGGGCACCGUCUUUCGCAUCAGGAUUCGACUCGUCCAGUUUUGAUCGUCAACGACCCGACUCGAAUGGAUUUGGUGGACCUGUUUACACGAAUAACGACCGCAAUGACGGCGGAAUGGGAGGUGGAUUUGAGAACAGAGAAACUCUCAGAGGAAGCCCAAGUUUUGAGCGGGGACCUAUUGGUGGAUUUGGACCAGACUCAGGUUUAGGAGGUGGUAUUGGUGUUGGUGGCAGUGGUGGAAUGGGAGGUGGAUUUGAACAAAGAGACACUUUCAGAAGCGGCCCAAGUUUUGACCGUGGACCAAUUGGCGGAUAUGGACCAGACUCAGGUAUUGGAGGUGGUACUGGCGGUGGUGGAGGAGGAGGAGGAAUUGGUGGAUUUGGAGGCCCCGGCUCAUUUGGAGGAGCGGGCUCUGUUGGAGUAAUGGGGCCAUAUAGCGGUUCUAGUCAGGGCAUCGGUGGUGGACUUGGAGGAAUUGGUGGCUUCGGUGGAUCCGGCUCAAUGCCCGGCAUUGGAGGAGCAACGUCCGUUGGAGGAAUGGGGCCAUUUGGUGGUUCUGGUCCAGGCCUAGGUGGUGGACUAGGUGGAGAAAUCGGUGGCUUUGGUGGACACGGUUCAAUGCCCGGAGGGGAUUUCGGAGGCAUGGGUGGACCUGGAUCCGUUGGAGGAAUGGGGUCAUUCAGUUCUUCUGGUCUAGGCGUUGGAGGAGGACUUGGUGGCGGAAUCGGUGGACAUGGUGCUAUACCUGGAGGCUUAGGAGGAAUGAGUGGACCCGGAGCUUUUGGAGGAAUGGGGUCGUACAGUAGUUCUGGUCUAGGCGUUGGGGGAGGACUUGGUGGGGGAAUUUCGGGCUUUGGUGGACAUGGUGCUUUGUCUGGAGGAUUAGGAGGAAUGGGUGGACCUGGGUCAAUUGGAGGAAUGGGGCCAUUCAGUAGUUCUGGUCUAGGCGUUGGAGGAGGAUUUGGUGGGGGAAGUGCGGGCUUUGGUGGACAUGGUGCUAUGUCUGGAGGCUUAGGAGGAAUGGGUGGACCCGGGGCUAUUGGAGGAAUGGGGCCAUUCAGUAGUUCUGGUCUAGGCGUUGGAGGAGGAUUUGGUGGGGGAACUGCGGGCUUUGGUGGACAUGGUGCUAUGCCUGGAGGCUUAGGAGGAAUGGGUGGAAUCGGGGCUUUUGGAGGAAUGGGGCCAUAUAGUAGUUCUGGAGUUGGUUUCGGCGGAUUAGGUACCAUGCCCGGUAGUGGAAGUAUGGGAGGAAUGGGACCUCAUGGUGGUUUAGGUGGAGGCGGAGGAAUGGCGGGUGUCUUUGGUGGGGGUUUUGGAGGAGGUCACGGGGGAGGAAUUGCUUUCGGGGGAUCCGGGCCAAUGCCCGGAGGCGGAGGUAUGGGAGCUUUUGGUCACUUUGGUGGCCCGAUGACAGGAGGGCAUGGUUUUGGGUAUGCAGGAAUAGUAGGCCGUCCUGGAAUGUAGGAUAUGGAUGGUGCUGGAAGUUUUAGUUUAAGAAUAGCUGGUGCACAUGGCGUGUAUGGUGGUUGGCAUGGAUUUUAGCAUACACAUUGUACACGUUUUGCUGUAUUUUUGUGAACAAAUAAUUUAAAAUUGGACUUUGUGAUGUUACGUAUUUAUUGAUUAUAAAUCAGAGUUCAAUUAUUGUAUCACCAAUGGAACAUACUUUGAAAUAUAUAUGCAUGUAUUAAUAAAAUAUAACGUAUAA